CCGGGACAGAAGCGUCGCAAGAAUAGCUACUCAAUACUCAUUCUAAUAUGAAUUUUUUCAAGAAAAGCUACUUCUUAGCCCCAACAUGGGAUCUAGACCCAUCGGAAAUUGCCCUCGGAAGCGUCAUUGCGGAUAUUACAACCCCUCAAAUGUUUAUAUCUAAUAAGGACCUGCCAACUGAAAUCGACAAGAAAAUACACAGUUGGGAAGUUAAAGGAUGCUCGGGCGGUAUGAAGCAUUGGCGUAAAGGGGGUAUUGGACUGUUCACGACCUUGUUACAAGCUAUAAAAUCUUACUUCGCGAUAUCUUACGUUUCGACGUUAUCGUCGGAAUUUAAGUAUACUUGUGAGUUGAUUGAGACACGAACAUUCGCGCUCUCACCGCAGUUUGUUGCAAAGGCUGCAGCCGAUCCAGCUGUUGCGACUUUUCUUAAAACGGGAGAUAAGGUUUUUAUCAUCACCGGCGUCAAGAUCGCCAAAACGUUGGACAUUAUUACAAUAAAAGUAAUGGAGAACAGCACAAUCGUCCAAGCGAGCGCUGGAAUUCCAAUACCUGACUUGCAGAUCAAGGCCGAGGCUGGGCAAGAUCAUGGAAGAUAUCACACACACACGCAAAGGAUUGACGGCCCCAUCCUAUUUGCCUUCCAAGUCGCCAGACUUCGCCUUAAUCGGAAAAAUGUGCCAACUAUCGAGGACUAUGCAGGCAUGGAAAUACAUCCAUAGAGGGAUAAUGGGACUGGGUUACGAAGGUAUAGUUGAUUUAAGAGACUUGUGGAGGGUUUGAGGAGACGACGAGAAAUAUUAAAUCAUUGCUCCACAUAUGAACUAGAUACGCAUUAUGUCGAAUUGAAUACGGCAAAUGUGAAACUCUACAGUC